CCCGGGCGCGUCUCCUCGGUGCGCACUUGUGCACAGAACAGCCUCCAUGGAUCAGGACACUUUGCAGCACUGUUGAGUUCUGUAGCAGCUUCUCCAGCGGAGCAGCACCUCCACACAGCGGCCGUGCGCACCAUGCAUCACUGACACUGGAGCCACAGGAGGAAGGAGAACCGAUCAUCUUUCUUUUCUAGUUUCCACUUCUCUCGAGACAUGAUGUUUUCUUCCGCGGGGAAGCGCUGCUUCACGAUCGAGUCUCUGGUGGCCAAGGAGCAUCCUCUCGCCGCCGAGGAGCCCAUCCGCCCCACGGCCUUGAGCUACUCCAACCCGGCGACAGACGCCUUAAUGAACGGGUACCAGGCUCCUCCACCGGCGGCCAGGUCCCUGUACCACAGCCCGGACCUGGUUUUCCCGGAUGCGGUGAACCACCCCUCCCUCACCGUGUCCCCUCACCAGCUCGGGGGCCCCCACCUCCAGCAUCCGCACUUCUUCGGGACGCAACACCGAGACCCGCUCAACUUCUACCCGUGGGUCCUACGGAACCGGUUCUUCGGACACAGGUUUCAGGGUAGCGAGGUGUCCCAGGACAGUCUCCUGCUCCACGGUCCCUUCGCCCGGAAGCCCAAACGCAUCCGCACGGCCUUCUCCCCGUCCCAGCUGCUGCGGCUGGAGCGAGCCUUCGAGAAGAACCACUACGUGGUGGGAGCCGAGAGGAAGCAGCUGGCCAACAGCCUGAGUCUGUCUGAAACACAGGUGAAGGUGUGGUUCCAGAACAGACGGACCAAGUACAAGCGACAGAAGCUGGAGGAGGAGGGACCGGACAGCCAGCAGAAGAAGAAGGGAAACCACCACAUCAACAGAUGGCGCCUCGCCACCAAGCAGGCCGGCUCCGAGGACAUUGACGUGACCUCAGAGGACUAA